AGUUCCUUUUUUGUGCCUAGUGUCUAGUGUUUCUGUUUCCUUGCCAAAUUCUGGUUGGCCAAAUUUAGUGUGUCCUUGAAAAUUCUAGCGUAGUACCAAUAUGUCCUGGUCGAGCGGCCUGAACAAUGCGGGCAAGUGCGUCCUACUCCCGCAGCUCCGCCCCUGGCAGCGGUUCGAGUGGCGCUCCUCCAUGCAGUCGCAGAUCUACCGGGAUUGGGGCGUCUACUACACCCGUCGGCUCCUGAAUCGCGAGGCUCUGGAGAGUUUUGGCCGGGCGGUUGCGGUCUGCAAGGACGAGACGUCACGCCCCAGCCUGAUGCCACCCACUGCCGCCCCUGAUCCCGUGGGCGUAGGCAGCUAUUCGGAUGGGGGCGUGGCGGAGACGACGGGCAUCUGCCGCAGGGACUACAAGUCCCUGUUUCUACGGGGUCGCUGCCAGCGAUCUCUGGCCCGCCCCGAUCUCGCCCUUCUCGAUGUCCAGCGGGCCCAGAGGGCCUUGCAGCUGACCAGGUCAAGUGUUCCGGGCUCUGCCCAGCUCAUUGCCGAGAAGUGCGACAACCUCUUCGAGGCUAACAAAUUCGAGAACGCCCUCACCACACUCCUCACCGAGGGACGAACCUUCGGCGGACAGUUCGCCCAAGGGCGAUUCCGUAUGAUCAAGGAAAAGACCCUCGACGUUUUCGAAGACACCUUGGGCGAGUCCCUGCUUCCCUUCAUGCAUCAGCACAGUGACGUCCUCGAGGAGGUCAGCCGCCGGCAGAAGAAGCUGUCCGCCCGCGACUCCAGCCCCCCUUGGAAGACGCAGCGGGACGGGCAGCAGUGCGACGUGCAGAGCGUACUUGUCCGGGAGCCUGUACAGUGCACCCCCCUGGAAAAGGCCCGUCAGCGGGCGAGCCAGAGUCUGUACAACCACAACUACAUGGGUCGCAAUGCAGUCGACAUUGCGCUCUUGCGUCAACUGCGCAGCGACCGCAACUUCCUCGAUCCCCUCAGGAUCUUGACCACGCCCUCCAUGCGCCAGCUGAGCGAGGGGCAGUACGCUAUUAUCCGGCGGUUCAUGAAAAUGUUGCAAGCCCGGAACCCACUGUACAACCGGCGGUACUUAAGGCAACGGAAGGGGGCGAUUUGCGAGCAGGAGCGGCGGCGACGCAAAGAGAUGCACCUGUUCCACAAGCAGUACCAGACGAGACGCGACUGUAUGCGGAUGUUGGAGGAGGUGCACCGAUUCCGCCGGGAGGGGGAUGUGGACAGGCUGUCCGACUACGUGGAGCACAUAAUGUCGGGGUUCAUAGGACUGAAGACCCAGCGCACGCUGCCCUGGAAGUGGGAGCUGCUCAACGAUGUCUACAACACCGUGGCAAUGGCCUACUGCGAUCGCUGCUCCGUUCCCGCCAAUGUCGACUUCCUAGAGCCCGAGAAUCGACCCGUUCUAUACCUUCUGCGGUCGGAGAAGCUGCGCGACAUUAGUGUGAGGCUGGGGGGGCCCAACAUCUACCUGGAGAUCCAGCGGGAGGAGGAGCGGCACAGUCGAAUCAACCAAAAGCUGGAGCUUUUGGAGAGUCGUCUGCGUCACUCCCGCUACCCGAUCGAGCGAUCCUACCUUUUGUUCGAGAUGGCGCGCUGUCACUUCAAGGAGUCGCGAUUCGAGAAGUGCCUGGUGGUGGCCCGCAAGGCUUUCAACGAGGCCCGCAGCUGCAACUGCCUGAUCUGGCGGUUCAACUGCAUCUUCCUCGCCUGCCAAGUGCACGCCGUGCUCAAUCGCUUCGAGAGGCUGAAGGAGACCCUGGCCAAGGCCAGUCAGUUGGCCAGCGAUCUGAAGGCCCCCAAACUGGUGGCCUACAUAGGCAUUUGCAUUAACGUCAACAACUAUGAACUGGCCAAGCGGAAGAUGCGCCAGACGGAAAUAACAAUACGGAAAGUUCGAAAACGCAGUCCCGUUAGCACAACUUCGGUUAGUUCCCAGGGCUCUAGUAGUAGUAAUCUUUAGUAAUAUCAGAUACCGAACCCCUAGCUCUUAGCUUUGUGUUUCCCUUUUGUCUCUGAAACAUAAAGCUAAGAGCUUCUAGUUUGACGUACCUCAAAGAUUUAAAAUCAUAAGCCAUAAAAUUUAAUUUGUUUUUACCAUUC